AAUAGUUGAAACUGCCGACUCCUCGUGCCGAGAUCGUACAUGUGGGGAUUGUUUUGCUGGUGGUGGACUGACCCUCCUGGGCUCAACAGGAUCUGUCCACGGCCAUGGCUACGCUGGGGAAGAUCAUCUUCUACAGCAUGGUCACACUCAUCGUCCUGUUCUCGGCCCUCAUCAUCCUCAUCUUGGCUGUGACCUUGGCAGGAGUCACAUUCAGAAUAAAGAGCGCCAACAAGACUCCUGUUGGGAACCUUGGUAAAGAACAGCUACUGAGCUGCUUCCUCAACACGGACAGUGACCAGAUCAACGACAUGUCGGUCACCUGGGUGAAGACAGGAUCCACCGGCAUCGUUCACCAGUACUCAGAGGGAGUGGAGGAUCUGUCAGACCAGGACUCCCGGUACAUCGGCAGGACUCGCUUAUUCCAGGACUCUUUGCUUCAAGGCAAUGGCUCUUUGCUGCUGAGGGGUUUGAGGCGCUCGGACGAGGGGGAGUACAGGUGCUCCAUCGAGUCGUCUGAGGGCAGCGGCGACAUCACCAUUCAUCUCAGGACAGGAGCCUAUUCAGCUCCAACGUUUACCUUUGCGAGCGGCGUCCUGAAGGCCGAGGCGGCGAGGUGGUUCCCCAAACCUGAAGUCACCUGGACCGACUCCGCGGAGAACAUCCUGAAGGCUGAAACAGACAUGUCGGAGAACUCGGAGGGAAUCUUCAGCUUCACCAGCAGGCUGAAAGAAGUCAACAGCAGCUCCACUUACUACUGCAACGUCCAGAACCAGCUGGUCAAGUCAGUCUCUGAAGCCAUCCUCACAGGAACUGGAGUGCAGGAUAAUUCCUACUUCAUCUUCAGUUCGGCUACAUCCCAGCUGGUGUCUCACCUGAGUCUCACCGCCGCCCUCCUUUGCCUCGCUUAUGUCACAUGAUCAGCAAGGCUCCUCAAUGGUCGCACUUUUGUCAAUGUAUAUAAAACAGUCAACCUGAAAUUUUUGCUAGAUCGUGUUUUCAGAGGUUUAAACCGUGCGCUUGUCUGUAACUAUUUUGUGAAUUAUCAUUAACUGAAAUGUAAAAAUGCCAAUAGAACAUGUUUUAUGUUUCAAUAAAAGCCAGGAACACAUGAU